UGAUGACAGUAUGUUUGUUAAGACCUCAACGCCUGAGGAGUGGAUCGCACAAGGAGAUUAUUACGCUAAACACCAGUGCUGGAAGGUUGCCGCCAAGUGUUACCAGAAAGGAGGUGCAUUUGAGAAGGAGAAGUUGGCGCUGGCCCAUAACACCGCCCUGAACAUGAAAUCCAAGAAAGUCAGCCCCAAGGAGAAGCAGGUGGAGUACUUGGAACUGGCCAAGACCUAUUUGGAGUGCAAGGAGCCAAAGCUUUCCCUUAAGUGCCUGAGCUACGCCAAGGAGUUCCAGCUGUCCGCCCAGCUGUGCGAGAGGCUGGGGAAGAUAAAAGAUGCUGCCUGUUACUAUAAGCGAAGCCAGUGCUACAAAGAUGCUUUCAGAUGCUUUGAGCAGAUUCAGGAAUUCGAUCUAGCACUCAAAAUGUACUGCCAGGAGGAGCUUUUUGAAGAAGCUGCUAUUGCAGUGGAAAAGUAGGUGGUUUUAUUCUCUCCCUUCCUCCACUCUGUUCCCUCCAUCCCACUGCUCUCUGGGGCAUCCUACCCUGGAUGGUGUUAUCCUGCUCUUCUGAAGUGACUUGCCCAUG